UCAACUGCAAUAUCCUGCAUUCCUUCAAAGUUCAAACAUGCUCUCUGACGCAACAAAUACCAGAAAAGUACUGAUAUUAUUUCCACAUUUCUGUCGUGUAUAUUCGCAAGGAUUUUGAGAAGAACAGUGUAAAAACGGUGAAGAAAAGCGCAAAUAUAAUCUGUUGUUAAAGACACUGUAGGUAAGAAAGAGAGCUUUGUCGAGUAUGCUAAAUGAAGCAUGGCCGUUUGUAUUUAUAAUAUUAACCCUUUCAAUUAAACUGUUUAUGUAGGUCAAGUUAUUUUGUUCAUUGUAUUAUUACUAUCAUACUAUGUUUGCUUUUUCGUUGUGGAAUAAGGUAGUUGAAUAGUUGAUGAGAUUUAAAAAUUCACGUUUGAGCGUCAACUCUCGUCGAUUCUCAUGCACUCUCAAGUCUCAAUAUCAACUUCGAGUUGGUUGAAAUUUUGAUGAGACUUUUUGCGUCUUUGGCUGGCAGUAUCCAGUCGGUAUCCGGUUGUUUUGCCCCUGAUUUGGAUUGGGGGCGAAAUGACUGGGGGCGAAUCGACUCGAGGACGAAACGACCGCAAUUCAUGGCAAAAAAACUGCCUUUGAUGUUCACAUGCAGCACAUGCAGUGACCCAUGACAUUCUCGUCUUGAACUAUGGCAAUCGCUGUGAGUGCCAUCAUGAUGAUAAAAAUCCAGCCCUGGUAUGGAAGCAUACCUGUGGCAGCUUAUUGCUCCAUCGUUUUCACACCUAUUAGCUACUGGCAUUGCUAGUUCUCAUCUUCAGUUGAUUUCAUAGAAAAUUAACCACAACAGUUCCAAGAGAACCAGUGGUUUGUGGUUUGCAAUGGGUCGUUCCAGAAAAGAUCCACACUCCCCCCAUGGAGGAAAUUUCUGCCGUCUGGAGGGGGAGGGGAGACAAAAUUGUUUCUGAUAAUAGUUAAAUGUAUUAGGAUAUCUGAAGGGGGUAGGGGGAUUUAACUUUCAAUUUCCUCCGUAGGGGUGGUAUGGACGUUUUCUGGAAUGACCCAAUGGCAUGUCAAGCUCGUGAAAUGUGCAUUUUGUUGCAAAAGUCAGUAAAAUUUUACAUAAAUUUUACUGGAGUGCAAUUAAUGAUUUGAAAAAGCAAAAUGGCGGCUUGCUUUGCAAUUACAAACAAAAAUUACAAAAGCAGAAAAUGAAAAUACACAAAAAAGCACUGACCUAAAACUCUCUUGCUGAACUUUCAGUAUUUUGAACUUCAACAAUUGUUUGUUGAUGAAUCAAGAACUUGUGAUUCAUUUUAUAUCGCUUCUACACUUUGACAUUUCAAAUAAAUAUUUCAACUUCACAUAAAUCUUAAACCAUUUGUUGUUAAGGAAGACGUGUAUAGUUAUUAGUUGUACAUAGUUUGAGCUGUCAAUUAAAUAAAUAAAUAAUUGGCGAGUGCAAUUUUGCAUCUUUUUAAAAAUGACCCAUAGUGUUACUUAGUCAUCAAUUGCACAAUUUGCCUGUGUGAUUACCGAUGCAAAAUUCAUGUAGACAAGAAUUCUAUAACUUAAAAAUUUGUAUACUUUAUGUGCUUAAUAGCAGUUUAAAACCUUGAUUCAAUGGUAAUGUCAAAUUGUAAAUUAAUUACUACAGGUAAAUGUUGUUCUGACAUGGGUUUUAAGAGAAGAAACUUGCAGGUCUGUUGAUGCUUUUCUCAAGUCCAACAGGGAGGCCAAAGUAUGUUACUUGGCCUAAGUAUAUUGUUUUAUGAAAUAAUAGCUGAUUUUAGUGGAAUAUUCUAUGUGCAUGUACUGUAAGUUGUGAUUAGAGGUUCGACGCCUGAUCCCAAUGUCUUAAAACUAUUAAUAUACUGUACCUCUCAACCACCUGAAUCACUAUACACAUGAAAUUCCAAUCACAGGUAGCACUUCACAUUUUUGUAUUAUCCUGGCACAACCAAUGCCAGCGCUCUCCCUUGAUAGAGAGAGAGAGGAAUUUUAAAAUACUGAAGUAGAGAGAAUCAUGGCUCAAUGCAACUUAAGCCCUGUUUACACUACGCUCAAUUUUUGGUACGGCACGGAUAAAAUUGGUACCCGUACCACUUUUUUGGUUCUUUGACUACCUAUUUAGCUAAGCCCUGUUUACACUACGCUCAAUUUUUGGUACCGUACCACUUUUUCGUUCUUGGACUACCUAAAUAGGUACCAAUUUUAUCCGUGCCGUACCAAAAAUUGAGCGUAGUGUAAACGGGGCUUUAAUGUGUUAACUAAACAUAUGAGCAGAUAGUCUGAUUAACCCUUUGAGCACCAGCACUCUCCCCUUGACAAGUAAAAUUGUCUGAUAUCAGAAAGAGUAAAAUACUAAAUAUGGCACAUUACGGCGCAAUGCAACUUAACGGGUUAAAUUCUGACCUAUAUGGCAGCGGUGAAGCCCUUUAGAGAAGCUAAUUUCACAAAAUAUAUUUGUUGCAUGACAGCCUCUAUUUGUUAGGAAGUGGUUACAAAUCCACCACCAGAUCGUAUUAUUUUCCUUGUUCUUCAAACAUGAUACCAACUAAAUUUGAAGCAAAUCCUCGGAACGCACGUAGGCACCUGCCUUGUAGGCGCUCUCAUGCAGUUUUGAAUAUGUGAUCAACCCAGUACCCAAGGCUUGUGAUCUUGUGGCUCUACAGUGCAGACGCCCACGGUACAAGGUUGAAAUCUUGGUUUUGAAUUAGUUUGUUGUCAGGUAGCUCACGAAGUGCUCUCAUACUGUACCUGAGUAGAUAAAUUAAAAAUACAAGUAAUACUGUAGAUCUUUCUUAUAAUGACGUCAAACGCGGAGAACCAAUUUAUGCGAUGUCCACAGCCACAGGGCAAGUCGUUGGCGAGCCAAUAAAUUUCAUAAAAACAUCUUUUGAAUACCAAGCUGUUACCCCCAAAUUUUAAGCUCUCGAAGUAUGUAAACCACUUAGGACUAUCCAAAAAAUCAGGUUUGGAACUUUAGAAAUUGAGCCAUCUAGAGGAAAAUGGCUUUUUCAGUGUAUUUUUGCUCAAAAACUGCCUGGGGAGAGUAAUAUUUACUCGGAGCUUUGUUUUUGAGCGUAAACAAAUACAAAACUAGACGCAUCAAUACUAAAAUCAGAGCGUAAACAAACACAAAACUAGACGAAAAAAUUGUUUUUUAACUUGGUUUUUACGAAAACCAUCAUGCCUAUUGCUUGUAUUGCAGUAUCUCAGGCUGUGACAACAAGCAGAGAAAGGCUAAAAAGGCCAAGAAAACGCACCCAAUGUUACAAAAACAAAGGUUGCAUUUCACAGGUGAGCUUUCUUACAACUAACAGCAAGUACAGAUAUCAUUUUAUAGACAAAUUUUAUUAAAUUUAAAUGUUUUUUUCAUAAAUACACCCACAUAUUGUUAAGUAAUAAAUUUCUAAAUACAACAUUUGAAACUAUGAAGGCUGUACAACAGUAAAUAAUUUGUGUGUAUAGCUAAGCUUUAUAUGUUACAUUUAACAAAUAUAAAACAUUUUCCGUGUUGAUAUACUGUACAGUUCGGGCAUCGUGUUUCCAUACAAUUUCUCGUUUUCCCAAUUCCACUCGUGUUGAUAUAACUAUAUAUCAAUACGGAAAAAAUGUUUUAUAUUUUUUUUAUAAUAUGGCAAUGUAAAAAGCCCGAAGGAUAACAAAAAUUUCCAUGUUUACAAGCGGCGGAAAAUUUCCCGUGUUGACAUUGAGUUAUAUCAACACGGCUCUUAGCCAAUCAGCGUUCAGAAUUUACAAAUGUUAUAUAAUAAAAACUAGUAUGGUCUCAUGCAGAAAGUAAAUACAAUAUAUACUGUACAUGUUAGUUCACAUGCAAACAUUUUAAAUUUUCAAAACAAUGUAUCAAAUUUAAAAUGCAAACAUUUUAGAUUUCCAGCAACGAACCACCACAGUUUGAAAAAUGAGAGGAAGCAGUACAAAGUGCUAAUAGCUGUCCAGAGUGGAAGGCAACAAAAUUUAGCUUUAUUUGCAGCAACCACUUCUCCAGGUUCGAUUACAUUGUCAUACCAAUAUGAGAACACGGAACCUGUCGAUUAAGAAAUACAUCGGUGCCCACAAUAUUCCCACAAAAGACAUACAGUGCAAACUAUGGCAUAUUUAGAGCAAGAGUAGAAUAAUCAACGCCCCUUGUGAUUUACAGUCACUGACAACACUGUAUGCAUACUGUACUUACUGCAGAAAUACAAGCUCAAUCGAUGAAGGUUUGGAUCAGAGCACAGAGAGACCUACCGUGGUUGCCAGAGGUUCUCGUACUAUUGUUCCCAGUAAACUGCGAAACGACCGUUUUUACGAAGGACAUACCAUUUAACUGUCAGAACUGUCAAACUGAAACUUGCAGUUUUUCACACGCCGCUUGCAGCGAAUUGUGAUCACGAGGUACACAAAUAUGUCCUUCGUAAUUGACAAAACUGUCACUGACAAACCGCUUAAAAAAACGGUCGUUUCGCAGUUUACUGGGAACAAUAGCAUAUCUUUCGCCUUAUUCCCGCUCGUAUUUAUUUUACACGGGGUGAAGAGAACCUCUGGUGGCACGCGAUACAAAUUUCACUUCCAUGCUGAGUUGCCGUUUGAGAACUUGCAAAACCGGUUUUAUAUUUUGUAACGUGUUUUAGACUUCCGGGUUUGUCAUACUACCAAAAUAGCUCUCUUCAGGCAGCCUUAUGCAAAAUAUUAAAAAUAAGUAACCUAAUCAUGUAGAUUAUUCAUUAGAAGCAUGCAGAUUAUUCUCGCAACGCACAGCUAUUGUAGAGUUACAUAGCAAAGCAACCUUAAUUGUUAAUUUGUGGAAUGCCGUUUGUAUUACUAGCGAACGUAGUGAAAGAAUAAUAUUUAUGUCUACAUGUGCAAUGGAGCCAGUAUAUGGUUGUCUUGUCCUUAAAAGACAACGGGAAAAUAUUGGCAAAAUAAAUCGUAUUAAUAAUUAUUAAAGUCAAAGAAUUACCGAUCAUAAGCAAGUGAGCAACACUUUAUAUUUUACAAAUAUUAAUAGAGUGAACAAGUCAUGCCGCGAUGGCAGCUCUUCUCCAGCGCAGAAAAUCGUUUUAAAGUAAAGUAUUUUUAAUAAUACGUUCGUAUUAUUUCUGUAUUUUGUUUACAUCAUGUUCUCUGAGAUUUAUAAACAGUUUUUUUUUGUCUAGCCAAUCACAUCACUUCAUGUGACUGCUAAUUAUAACUAACCAAUCAUGUGUUUGGUACAAAUUUUGUACCAGAGCGGGUUCUCUUCGCCUCGCGUAAAAUAAAUACGAGCGGGAAUAAGGUGAAAGAUACGAGAACCUCUGGCAACCAGGGUAAAGGAGACCAGAGCUGCAAAAUAAAUUAAAACGAAGAAUUAAGUCAUAACAGUCAUAACAGCAACAGUUAAGACGGACAAAAGCCAGACAGCAAACUAUGUCAGACAUUAUACAUGAACUGCACCAGAAACAAAUUUUAUCUCCAGAGGGUGCCGAAAUGAUGCAUGCAAAAUUUGACAAAAUACAGCUCUCGAUUUUUAGAGACACUAAAACAAUGUUAGCUGUGCACCUUGUGGGCGCAGAAUGCGGACGUAGUUAAAGACUUAGCAAGUACGUACCCUUAACUACUACUCGCCUAUUGCAUACCAGUAUGUACAGUCAAUACUUCCUUUGCCUAAUCCGUCCCUCAGCGGAAAGUGGUCUAGCGUACUCGAAUGUGAGCCCAGGUUUAUCAAAGAAUCCUUUGAGACCAUUCAGGAAACAGCCAUGCAAUGCACAGAGAAGAAAGACUACUGUCUAAUCAUUGAUGGAAUGUCCACAAGAAAACAAACAUUGUGGGAUGCCAAACAGGACAAGUACUUGUGUGCUUUGUGGAUUAUGGCACAAUACAAACUGCGAAACCCGAUACUGUUGCAUCCAAAGCAGUUGUAUUCCUACUCGUGGGUGCACGUAGUCAUUGGAAGUGUCCAGUUGGAUACUUUUUUUCUGACGAAAUGUCAUCCAAAACCCAAGCACAGCUGGUUAGAAUUGCCCUUAAAAUGGCUGCAGAGGCUUGUCUUCGAGUAUGAGCAGUAACCACUGAUGGUACAAUAGUGAACAUUAGCAUGUUCCGCGAACUUGGGUGCAACUUUACAACAUCCUUCAACUCUAUGGUCAUAAAAUUCUAACACCCAACAGCAAAUUACCAUGUAUAUGCAAUCCUCUAUAUCCAUGCCACAUACUAAAACUGGCCAGAAAUGCACUAGCUCACCUUAACUUCUUUGUCGAUAAUGAAAACAAUAUCAUCAAAUGGAAUCUUUUCUCAUUAAAAAAACAAAAUUCUGGUUCCGGCAAUGAUUCAAGGCUACAUGCAUGUACAGUACUUUCUCAUGGUCCUUUGAUUCCUGUGAAGCGUUCCCACCAACUGAGCUACAGAGUCCAGUUGCCAAGUGCAAGUUCAUGUAUACAUACUAUGGUAACGCCAGCUGGUGCAAGGUGUUGGGUAAAUAUCAGGAUUUUGGGCAUCUCACUUGAUAGAACUAAAUGUUGAAGGGUUUUAGUAGAUGAAAAUUCCAAGUGUAAAUUAUAUAUAAUUACAGACCCAUUGACAGGAAUUGAACCUGUGGUCCUUUGAUUCCUGUGAAGCGUUCCCACCAACUGAGCUACAGAGUCCAGUUGCCAAGUGCAAGUUCAUGUAUACAUACUAUGGUAACGCCAGCUGGUGCAAGGUGUUGGGUAAAUAUCAGGAUUUUGGGCAUCUCACUUGAUAGAACUAAAUCUAAAUGCCCUGACCCUGAUAUCCGGACAAUAUCCUGAUAUUUACCCAUAUACAGUAUAUACUGUGCCUCAACCUCGUUCUCAGGGCUUUCGUGUGAGAACAAGGAGAGAGAAGAGAAAGCCCUGGUCUGGGCCGGUCAAUUUUGCAUUCUGAUUGGCUAACACCACAUUGUCAAAAAAUAGCAGAACUUGACAAUAACAAUUCAACAUAUGUAUUUUUAUGAUUGUUGUGUACGGGUAUAUUUUGCAAAAUAGUCUUUCAAAGUAAGAACGUGAAUUGUAUGUGAGCAACGACCGUUUUCAGUUUCCCGUUUUUCAUUUUUCCCAGUUUCACUUUCGCCUCGGCCGGUUAAAAAACUCAAAAGCCGUGUCGACGUGAGCUGUGAUAUUUCGUGACUGAACAAAAAAAGGUGUAUUAUUAAGCUGUAGUUUUCCUUGACAGUUGUACAGCAUUUAUAAUGUAGUGCAGAUGUCUGAUGAAAUACUACGCGUAUUGCAUUGUAUAUGUAAUGCUUUAAUUUACAAUAUUCUAUAACACUGUCAUGGCUACUACUAAAAAACAACUGUAUAGCGAUACAGGAACCGGAACCGUGCAUAUAAUUGAUGAACAUUAUCGCACUUAUUUACAGGAACCACUCAGUAUUUUAAGAAAGUACAAAAUAACAGUAACUUCGAACGAAUAACAUUUUGAUUUUAAUCGAGUUACUGUUAUUUUGUGUUAUCGCACUUAAUCACCGUAGGAGACAUCGGCGAUAAUAUUUUUCAGGGGGGAUUUUUUCUGAGAUAUAUCGGAGUGUACUUAUAUUCCUUGAUAAUUUUGCUUAUCGCUUCUCUUGAUGCCGCCUGUUUUCAUAGACGACCCAUUCAUUUAUUUUAUCUCUUCAUCCCCCCCCCCCGUUUCUUCUCCUUGGCCAGUAGGGCAAGGAUUAGGGACAUGGUUAUGAUAGUGGUUACACUUGGAUUAGAAUUUUAUUUAUAUUGACUGGUAUUUAUUGAUUUCAGGCACGUCCAUAUUCGAAUAUGAAGUGAAGGAUGCAUGACAUCUGCAGUGAAAAACAGUCACAAGAAAGCUUGUUUUGUCUUUAACCAAAGAUAUGUCGCAGUCAGAGAACAGUGACAAAAUAUAUGAAUGUCAGACCUGUGGAAAAACGUUUAACCGUCGUACAUACUUGCAGUUGCACGAGAAAAUCCAUGGUGAAAAAUGUUACAAAUGUAAUAUCUGCGACAAAUCCUUUAGUCAGCCCGCAGGCCUGUGGAUUCAUAAAAAGCACCAAAGUUGUUUAAAACGAAAUUCACCUAGUAAUAUAGACACCAGCCCAUGCAAUGCCAAUGGACAAUUUGAUGAUGGAAAACGACACAAGUGCGAUAUCUGCAACCGACGCUUUUCUCAAAAACAUUUGUUAACAUAUCAUAAGAGAACACAUACUGGAGAAAAUCCUUAUCCAUGUACAAUAUGUGGCAAGAUGUUUCGAGGAACAGCUACUUUAAAGUACCACGAAAGAACGCAUACUGGACACAAACCUCAUAAAUGUAUUUUCUGCGUUAAAGCGUUUACUCAAUUAGGACCUUUGAGGCUACAUUGUAGGAAUGAUCAUCAAUCAGAAAAGAUUUACGAGUGCGAAGUUUGUAAGAAGCAGUUCGAGAAAUUCAAAGAGUUAUCAUCUCACAAGAAGACCCAUUUAGGCGCUUCAAACCACGGAAAAUUCCCAUGUCAAACUGUUCAACGUGAAACUCCUUCGAAUCAAGUCACGAGAGAUCAUUGCCAAAGACAUGGCGAGUUAAAAGUCACCAGGUAUGAGACACGUUCAAACCUAUCAAUUAGAAGCGGUUCAGGUGAUGAAGAAAGGAAAGGUAUAUCUGACAGUGAGGAUAAGUCCAGUUCUGGUAGCCUAUUUUGUAUCAGAAAAAAGAACAUGAAUAGUUUUCAAAGUUCUGAUACCUCAAAGAGCACCACUUACAAGACGCGUUCAACGACAUCAAUUAUAGGCUGUAUGAUUACAAACCAUGCUGAUGAACAAGUGUUAGCAAGACCGGCGAAAGAAGGGAAUGGGAAUCCCUGUCUUACUGGAAAGAAGUACAAGUGUAAUGUCUGCAGCCAAGAGUUUUCACAUGCACACGUGUUAAAAGAUCAUAAGAGAAUUCAUACUGGAGAAAAUCCUCAUCCUUGCACAAUCUGUGGCAAAACGUUUCGAACUCCUGGCUCAUUAACAGUUCAUCAAAGGACACACAAUGGACAAAAGCCUUAUAAAUGCAUAUUCUGCUCUGAAUGUUUUACACAAAGAGGUACUUUGCUGCGGCAUUGUAGACGAGUACAUUUUUCAGAUCAAAUAUACGAGUGCGAUAUUUGUAAAGAGAAAUUUGAAAAGUACAGAGAUUUGUCAUCUCACAAGCAUGUUCAUUUUGAUGUAUCCUGUACAGUAGUGAAACCGUUAUAUGACAAGAAAGUAGAUGAAUUAGAACCUUUCCAGGGUACUUGCCUAGACGUCGUUCCUCUCAUAUCUCCAUUAAAUGUCAAUAUGGGCGAUUGUGAUUCUAAUAAAGAAAAUAACAGUCUAGUUUUAGCCGAACGUUCUUCUAAUGUUCCCCAUGAUCCCAAUGAUGGACACGAAAGGCAUUCUACACAUGGGCCAAACAGUACUUGCGAACAAGUAGGAAAUAUAGAUAUUUCUUGCUUGGAAGAAAGUUUAUCAGCAAAGCAUUGUAUUAAACAAGCGAACAGAGAUAGCGAUAUGUAUGCAGAAAAUGACAGUGAAGUGUUAGCCGGACACUCAUGCCAAGGUGGUCACCUGAAACAUUGCACAAAUCCACCUUUUCGUGCUUACAAAGAAUUAGGAAAUAUGAAUAUUUCAUUCUCGGAUGAAUCUUUACCAGUACGUAUUAAACAAGAGAGAGAAGACAGUGACAGUUCAAAUGAUAGCGGAGUAUCUCCAGACACUUCACCAUUGGAUGCCCAUGUUAAAUGUGAUGAAAGUGAGUCUGAUUCCAUAUAUGAAGUAUAUAUGGAACCAAUUAAAAUGGAUCAUGAAGGAAAAGAUUACUUGUCCAUUAUUGGGAACUGUCCUUCUCAAACCACUGGUAAUAUAUCGAUAUCUUCGCAAGAGAGUCAAAACGUUCCGACCGAUGGCGUAGGUAAAUGUUCCAAAACUAUUAGUGAUAAUGAUGAAUUAUCUAAUUGUUCAAGAGUGACAACUCCUGACAAUGAUAAUUUAUUUUCAUGCUGCAGUGGCGAUCAGCGAAACUCGUUCUUUGAAAAAAAAUCAGAAACAAGCAUUUCUUCUCAGUUUCUUCAUGGAAACCACGCCACCUUUACAGCACAACUGCCAGUUGUAAACAACCAAAAAUGGAAAGAAGAUCAUCCAAUAAGAACCUCAAAUUGUUAUUUAGUAAAGAAUAACAGUGCAGAUCUCCUGCCCAAUUCUAUUGAAAUGGGGUUAGAAUGUUCAAACAAUAUGCCCGUACAUUCCGACGUUUUCAGUAGCGAUGACAAUGAUGAAAUGCUGUAUUCAGAUACGAAGUGUGCUGGUACCAGCAACGUUCGGGAACUUCUUGAGAAUCAAGAGAAUUUCACUAAAAUGAAUACUCUCCCUUGCUUCCAGAAUUCUAUCACAAGAAUCUCAGAUGAUGACAACAAAAUGAACCCUGUUCCGAAUCAGGGCGUACUGGAACAUCAAUGUAGACAUAGAACUGGUAUAGCAUUAGAAGAUCUGCAACAGAACCCAAAAUACGAAUAUAGAAAAACAUUAAUCAAUGGGAUACAGUAUAUUUGUUUCAAGUGUGAUGUGUUACCGGCAUCUUGCCAUUUGGGUAAGCAAUAAAGAAACUGUAGGGUACUGUCAGUCUAUCCUUAUAGGGAACAUUCAGGGUAGAUUUUUAAAUUUGAAGCAGUAAUUUCGUUGGAGAGAUUUCAACUUGUGGAAUACGUGCGUCACUUCCGAGAACUGAUUGAUUUCUCAUAGCUUUUUGUUUUUAAUGUAAUUAUAAUUCGAUGCAUUUAUUUGUAUGGAUGCCAUGCAAUAUUUAAAGCCAUUGUUAUAUCGCAUGUGGUUAUUUGCCAUAUUCAACGAUUU